CGCCCCAAGAUGCAGCAAUCAACAAUCAGCCAAUGUGUUACUGGCCACCCACCAUGAACCCUGGGGAUGGCAGCACAAUCCAGCCAUCAGGUUCAGCGCAGUUGCCAACAGACCCUGACCAUUAUUCCCAGUCGCAACACCACGCAGCUGCAGCUGGAUCAAGCUAUGAGUUGCCAGAGUUGCCGCAGCAGCUGGAUGACUUCAUAUGGCUGUCCGAUAACGGUAAUUUCGGGCCAAACGACUACGGGCUCCCUGACAAUUUGCUAUUUGACCCGAUGGGAUACCCGCCUUAUUUUGAUCAAUGUCCACCGAACACUGGUCCAUUCAGCAUUCACUAUAACUAUCAUGAUCAGUGUCAAGUCCCUCCAUCUCAUGGAGAGUCGUCAUGGCAAGCGCAUACCUCGCAGCAGUAUGAUCAUUCAGCCAAUCAACACACACAAGCCCAGGGUGAUCAGUAUUGCGACCCAAACAUACCUUAUUUGCCUGCUCUUUAUGACCAGGAUGGCCGGUAUAUUGGUCCUGGCAAUGGACCAUUGAUUUAGAGGAAGUGUGCUGAAGCCUCUUUUGUUUUGCUGAUUCACAGCUUGCUAGCCUACGCUUGAUGCAAGAGUGUACUUGUUAGCUGCGUCUGGAUCAGAUAGACUUUGUUUUCGUCUUUUAGCUGUUUAGA